GUGGGACCCUGAACGAUGGAAGGGUUUGUGAGACACGCCGCUCGUCAAUCAUACGGACGCUCAGCCGUACCAACCAUCUGGCACUCGAUCCUCAAUUCUCAUUUUCAUUGUCCCGACUAUCCGAUCGGAGCGUCUCGAAGCCCUCAGAGAUGAUCUCCACUGUGGUGUGCGGCGACACAGCCACAGUCCGAAACAACAGUCUGGACAGGAGCCCGGUCAGAAUGGAGCCUCGCAGGAAUUCCAUCCCUUGGAUGAAGUCUCACCUGUCCAAAUCCCAACCUGAAUCCAACGGCUCUACGGCCGUCGUCAUUCCCUCCGCAAUGACCACCACAAGAAGUGACUUAUCGUUUCAGGAAGACAUCCAGACCCAGUGCCCCUGCAGUCAUGCCCCAGUGUUGGGCGGACUAGAGCACACUUUGUUAGAAAGCACCCAGGAGACCCCAGAGCCUCGGCCCAGCAGCAAAGUCAAGCGUUUCAGCUCCAGGUGGCCAUCAAGGGUUUCCAUCAGCAGACACAACUUCUCUGUCCAAGCAACCAAGACGGAAAGGAAGCGCCGCAAGCUUCUGGGCGACGAGCAUCCGAUGCGCUUGACCGCCGCCAACCAGCGCCAGCGCUACGUGACCAAGGACGGUAAGUGCAGGGUCAACUUGGGGCCCAUCGAGGACAAAAGCCGCUUCCUCUCAGAUAUUUUCACCACGCUGGUGGACCUUAAGUACCGUUGGUUUCUUCUGGUCUUCACCAUGUGCUACAUUCUAACGUGGGUGGCUUUUGGCGCCAUCUACUUCCUUGGCGCUUGGCUGCGAGGCGACAACGCACAUGUGCACGACCCGCAUUGGCAGGCGUGCUACGAGAACGUGGAUGGCUUCCUGUCGGCCCUGCUGCUGUCUCUGGAGAGCCAGAGGACCAUCGGCUACGGCUCCAGGAUGGUGACGGCCAAAUGCUCCGAAGGCGUGGUGGUCCUGAUGGUUCAGUCCAUCCUGGGCUCCAUGAUCGACGCGUUGAUGGUGGGCUGCAUGUUUGUGAAGAUCUCCCGGCCCCAGCAGAGGGCCCAAACGCUCGUCUUCAGCAAACAUUGUGUCAUAUGCGAGCGGGAUGACAAGCUCUGCAUGCUCUUCCGCAUCGGAGACCUCAGGGAGAGCCACAUGGUGGACGCAAAAAUCCGAGCCAAGCUCAUCAGAUCAAGGCAGACCAGAGAAGGAGAAUUCAUCCCGCUGGAACAGUCCGAGAUCAACAUGGGCUACGACACGGGCGCAGACCGGCUGCUGCUGGUGGAGCCGCAGACCGUCACGCACGUCAUCGACCGAAGCAGCCCCUUCUGGGAGGUGGGCGCCGAGCGUCUGAAGACGGAGACCUUUGAGAUCAUCAUCAUUCUGGAGGGUAUCGUGGAAGCCUCAGGUAUGACGUGCCAGGCUAGGACGUCCUACAUGGAGGACGAGAUCUUGUGGGGUCACCGCUUUGAGUCGUGCAUUUCCUUGGAGAAGGGUGCCUUUCGCGUGGACUACAGCGCGUUUGACAAAACCUUCCAGGUCCAGAUGUCGAAUCUGAGCGAGAAAGACAGGAGAAAUGCGAUAGAGCAAGACCUCCCAUUGUAGCCGGAGAGAGAUCUCCUUUUAUCUGUGUCACGACAAAAAAAACUAUUCACUUUGUACAUAGCCCUUGCUUUUUCUGUCCCUAAUGGGACUCAAACCUGGGUCGUCCGCAUGAGAGACGAGCGUGUUAGCUAUUGAACUUAAAGCCCAAGCUAUCAACCCAGUAGCCAGAACUGCUCUUGAGGUUCUCAAAGAGUGAGGUUUGCCAUCGUACACGACUGGCCUGAGUUACACUGACUCCCCUGAACCUCCCUCUUAUCCGGGUUACGGCACCAUUGUGGCGGUCGUGUACUCACUCUCUCAGCUGGGUGGUGUAUAUACAUGUGUGUGUG